AUGAUGUCCGGAAUCGACAACAUGCGCGAGGAUGGCGCUGUUUAUGCUCCUCGUUUCGCCUUUUCCCAGCCAUGCCGGGAGGUGUUCCAGUAUUCUCUUGGGUAAGCGCCGACUCGUGGGACCUAUGAGAAUUUAUCGAAAGCUACGUAUGCUCGCCACCUCUUCUUCUGAAAACUGUUAUGCCUAUGACGUCCCUAUCGGCGAAAUCAAGUGAAAUUCUGUUUGCCUUAUUGAGCAGCAUUCCAACCAAUGCAAAAGCAUAGCGAAUUUUCAGGAAACCGUAGUAGAAUUUAUACUCAAAACUUAGACUGUUUGCAAACCGCCAUGCCUUACAUUACAUUAAUUCUUAAAGGAUAUUUAGAUAUAAACUUCACUAAAAGACUAAUAGCAAACAUUCUUCUAUUUGUGCAGCCAUAUUUUCUGUUUUUUGCAUGGACAGACAUUGUGUACGUCGAAAACUGAAGUUUACUAACUUACAACAAUCUUGGCAUUCUCGGAAUUUUCUGCUUUUCCGAAAAAAAUGGUAUUUCUAAACAAUGGAAUAUUUCCUACAAAAAUUUCUGCCAUGUUUUCAAUCCCCUUAGAGUUGUUCAUUACUAAUACGAAUAUUGUUUCCAUGCAUGAGUGUUGGUUUGCAAUUGAUUACCAAUCAUUCGUAGAUUUCGACAUCUCUCAUCUGUUGGGGCACGUACCGUACGCACGCACAAUGGUGGGGGAGGGGUGUACUCGGCGAUUCAGUCAGGACGCACAGCUUCAUUUCGUAACUGCGCUCAUUCAUGCUUGUAAGUUUUUUUGACGUGGCGGGAAAUUUUACCAGCUGACAGGCCUGUCGAGGUGCGCUAGGUCGACAGAUCGAGGCUUCCCAAAUCAAAAGUCAGGGAGGAAAGAGUUGUUGGACAAGAGAUACUAAAACUAGGGUGAAGGUGUGCACGUGGUUCAGCAUGCGGCAAUAGCAGCCAGCAUCCUCCCCAGCCUAGUUGCAGCCAUUCAAAGGUUGUUAGCUCCGGCCCAAAGUGCAUGUGCGUACCUGGACUUUGUCCGUCUGCAUCCAAUCAACGAGGGGUGCAGCGCCGACUGGCGUUAAGUCACGUGCGACGAAGACAGUCGUUUGAGAAGCGUUUUGGAUGAGCGUCUGCGCCGGAAAUCGCAGACGACGACUUUCACAGGCUCUUCUCCUCCGGAUUUACUGGCAAGUAGCUCUAUUCAUGACUGACCACUUCCUAAGGCUGGUUAAUUUGAAAUUUGAAAAUAGUAUUUGUGUGAUUAGCGUGCACAUGGCUUCCACCUCGUCGACCAAGCGCAUCUUCCAUAGUUUUUGCUUUGAUUCGUGGUUGUAUAUGCAUGCAUAUACUCACAGUAGGUGGCCUAUUUCCUCAAACGUUAACUAAAAAUCAAAAAUAUGUAUUAAGGUAGAAAUGACGCUCACAGACCGCCCCUCCUUACCAUUGUAUAUGCCGGAUCGCAACUGACGGGGCGACGAGCCCUUGGCACAGUGGUUAGGGCAUAUGAAUCCUAACCGGCAGGUCGCGAGAUUAAGCCCCAGGGGCUGCCCAUCACGGGGUUGGAUAUGGCUGGCUGACGACGACUAAUAAGUCAUAAACGGCCAUUCCAGCCCCCUUUGUCUUUGUCGGUAAUGUUAGUAAUGUUGUAAUCACAUUAGGUGGCCUUUCUCCCGUAAUGUCGACCGAAAACCUGAAAUAUAAUGGAUUGCUCUCUCACACACUCCAGAAUGCCGGCUUUUGGGUGAGCCUCAGUCAGGUUGUGUACAAAAACCUCGCCUGAUUUAAAAUGACCGGCAAUGUAGUAUACAUUUUUCCCGUUUAUUUUUGACCCCCCUCCUAUUAGUUUCAACUGUAUCUUCUACAAAAACUGCACAAAAGUUAUUGCUUUUGUGCCCUCUGGUAAUAGAUUAUGUCCUUUUUAACUCUUUCGUCAAAAAGGUGUCAUUGGGUUUUUAAGAAGACUUUUUUUUCAAUUUCCGAGGGACAUAAUCGGGUUUUAAAAAGUUUCUAGUUAUGAGACUUUUUAAUACCGUGAAAUGACCGUUCAUAAAACGUCAUGUCUCUGCAUUUAUUAAUGUGGUUUGUAAAGUUAAAAAUAUGGAUGAUAUCCAAUGCCAAAUUUCAUGAACCCAUAUGGUCUCCCCUCAAUACCGUAGAGAAAUGUGUGGUUUUCCGUACGCGGAAAAUACAUGGCAUGUAGGUUGGAAAUCCUGAAUGCACGUGUGACGGCAGAGCGGGUUCAAAAUUAUUCGGAAAUUGGAAACGUUUUUGAAAACCGAAUAAUACCCUUCCUUUGAGUAUAAAAUUGCAAGAAGACAUAAUUUUCUACUGAAUGAGCGGGAGAAUGAAUAGUUUUAUUCAUGUUUUCCUUGAAAUAUAAUUGGACUUUUAUGGGCAUCGAAAAUCAAAGAGAAAAAUACAUGCUACUUAAACAGUCAUUUUUACAGAGUAUAGUUUUUGUAUGCAGCCGUAAGCAAUUUCUUUUGAAAGCCUGCAUCCUGAGGUAACUGAAUUAUUACAGAAUUAUACUGCAGGCUGAUUAGUUUUACAAUCCUGCUUAAUUAAUCUUUUCGAAACGAAAACGCAUUUCGGAAUUUCGGUUGACAUUUCAUGAGUUGGCCCACCUACUGUACAUACUCCGAAUGUUAAAUAACAUGCGAGGCCCAGUCAACUGAAUAGAAAACGAUGAGGCAACCUCUGGGACCAAUGUUUUAUUCUUCCGACGUUUUGAACUAUCAUGCAAGCUCAUCGCCAAGAAACGGAGGAAUUAUACAGCCCAUUACAUAUCUAACUCACCUCCGCAGAGGACGGCCUUCAACUGCGCCGCUGAUUCAUCAGCUCAAUGUCUGAUAUGCGGCUGGCAGAUUGAUGCGCCCAUUGAUCGAGUACCCAGUCUAAUGCCACACUUCCUGCAGCGGACGUGAAAUUCGGUCAUCCGAUUUGUCCAAGAUUUUCACAGACUCGAAGUCGGAGUUGUACCAUGGCGAGAACGAGUGGGUGGGUACCAGGAAGACUUUACCUUUCCGUCUCACGAUGAACUCACGUUCACGUAACCUCGCGUGGACCUGUUUGCCGGAUUCACCAACAUUAACGACCUACCUACAGUUUUUAUAGCUAUGGGUCAGAAAUAUGGUGUUAUUUCGCCUAAUAGAUGCACCUGAGGUGACAGACGAUCUUCGAACCGAGUUGGUGGUGGUGGUGGUGGUGGUGGUGGUGGUGGUGGUGGUGGUGGUGGUGGUGGCGGCGGCGGCGGCGGCGGCGGCGGCGGCGGCGGCGGCGUGUGA